AUGCAGCAUCACUCCGGAGUGGAGAAGAAAUAUUUUAUCAACCCGUCGCCCGUUCGAGUCGCAUACAACACCGUCAGCUCCACAUUCCCGGACCUUCUCGCCCAACAUGACCCAGACUUCGUCCUGCACAUCGGCAUGGCAGGAGGCCGCGAUUGCUACUCACUAGAAACCCGUGCACAUCGCGACGGAUACCGGAUCAAAGAUGUCGAUGACAGCGACGGCUUCUCAUGCGGUGAGCUCGUCUGGAAGCGCGAGGGCGUCCCGGACUGCCUACUUGUGCAUUGGGAUGAGGACGAUGUGCUGCGCCGGUGGGAGCAGGGGGUCGAACGAGGCCUGGUGGAGCGCGGCUUUCUAACCAGUGGCCCCGUGCCAGCAGGUGCAGUUGCAUCUUCAAAGGGACCCACAGGCCCGAUCAAAUCAAUCUGGGGAACAGUCAAUACGCAGCAUGCGCCGUCCCGUGCUGAGGAGAACAAGAAGAAAGGCGUUGUCAAGCUCUCCCGCGAUGCUGGCCGCUUUCUCUGCGAGUUCGCCCUGUUUGAGAGCCUGAGUUGCAGGUGGGCGGAUGCGAUGCGCUAUCAACGCCCUGUUACCACCGACGCAGCCCCGCCACAGUCGCCCACUUCGAGUGCACCGCCCACAGAAUCCGGUGGAACUGCUCCAUCUUCCGUCGCGAGCGAGGAAGAAGCACAAGACUCGAGCGAGCGCACAACGCCCCACCAUCAUCACCGCCGCCGCCGCCGUGACUUGGCACUCGACCGGCUCGGAAAAGUCGCAUUCCUACACGUACCCGGCUGGACGGGCGUGGAGGACGUCAAACGCGGAGCCAUGAUCGCAGAGGAAGCGAUCCUCGCGCUCGUCGCCAGCUGGGAAGACGGGUACCGACGGGAUCGUAAAGCGAAGCUCGCAGUGCAGCUUUCCGCGCCGCUGAGGGAUGAUGCGAGGAAGUUCACGAGUCAGAAUUCCGAGAUUGACACUGGGACUGAGACCGCGACCGCGACCGCGACCCCUGCCGCGAUCGAAGCGGAGGUUGAUGCCGCGCCGACCGUGGCGGUCGUCAGGGGUGAGGUCACCCUCAUGAAUGGUGUCGGUGUUGGGAUCGAGGACCUAGGAAGGGUCAAGUGGCGGAGUUGA